CUUUAGACUUUUGAAGUGUAAAAGCUGUUUUCAGCUUGAAUAGUGGCGAUCACGUGAGUGCUGUUGUGCUUCGGCUACAUCAUAUGAAAUUUGAAAGACAUCAUCUCGUUUGCGUAAGUUGUACCUGCAUCAGUCAAGAAUAAAACCAUGACUCCUGCCACAUUGCUCGGACCUAGAAGAAUAAAAUGCCGCCAGUCCUCUUCGGCACUACGUUCUCUCUACCGAUUCUACUUGCUUGGAAGUGUCAACCUUCUGUCCGCAGCGGCUGCAAACUUCGGCACGACCCUAGUGUCGGACGCCACUGGGUACCUGAACGAACGGGAAAUCGGCUUACUUGGUCGAGUCAAUCGAAAACUUCGUGAUCGUCUCUCGGAUGCCACUACAGCAGCAAGAAGCCCGGCUAUGGGUCUAGGACAGCUACAGAGCCAGAAAAGUGGUCCUUAUGCAUUCGAGCUUGGAUCUCCACUCCUAGGUUGGGCUGAACGCGGUCAGGACUCUCCAAGCAGCAGUGCUCUUGGGUCUUCCCAAAACAGUGGUCUUGGGCAGGCAGUAUCGUCGACGAAGCCGCCAGCACGAGUGACAAGUGGAGGAAAAGAAGAAAAGGGACAAGAACUACAGCCAGAUACAAGGUUGAACUCAAGCCUAACGGGAAGGAAAAGACUGGUUUCGUUUUUCUCGUCAGCAGGAGACAGAGAAAGAGUGGGGUGUUUCGCGCCGUUCUGUGGUAAAAAACCAAUACUGCCUGCUUCGGUGGAUUCGCUAGAAGACGCUACUGUGCCCUCGACUGAAGAACACGCGAGUUCAUCGACCAGCCCAGCAGUGUCAAAAGUAGGAGCUUUUCCAUGCGGGUCGCCAUUUUAUGGGCCUCACCAUAGUUUUGUCUAUAACUACCAAAAUCCUAAUAUAAACGUGGCCACUAUAGUUCUUCUAUAGACAUUUGGGCUUAAUUGAUUCUUUUAAAUUUUUUGUUUCCUAGAUAGGCGUGCUCCACCGAUCUAUAAGUACCAAAAAAGUAAUUAUCUAGUUACAGCUUACACAGUCAGCGUCGAAUAAAAACUCACACGCUAAUUCCCGAACCGGAUGGAAGAAAGGCAGUGUAUAUUGAAAUCGGCGACACAUCUUCCCAUAGUCGACGCGCUACACGAACUGCAGACAUUGCGGCACUACCUUCUACACCAAAAAGACUCGAGACAGAAAGACUUGAAAGGCAUGUUCCGGAGUUCCAGUUUGCUGCAUUAUCGUGCAUCGUCCAGGACAUCUUCUGGUUCCUCUUCUUCCUCUCCAAGGACUGCACCGCCAGUUCAUCAAGAUCUCACAGCACUUGACUCAGCAUCUAGUGCGAUGGGCGACAUGAAAAGCUACCUCUACUGCGACGAUGUAGCUUUGCAUGACCAGACGCCUUGGAGAGAGUUCUUAUCCUUUCUUGACAUAGAGGAUUACGUGCUACGAGGCGGCAACCUUACACCGCCAGCACCACAACCGAUGCGAAGGGCACAGCCCAGUGUAGAUCCUGUGGCAAGUGCAGCUGCACGGGAGCAGGAGAUAGAAAGGCAACUGAGGCGAAGUGUUUUGUGGUUGGACUUGACGAGCAGUCAGAAGGCCGUUGGUGCUACAUGCAGGGAGGAAGAUGAAGGGAGUCGUUUGUGUGAUGGUGGUCUUGAUGUUGAUGCCGAGCAAGGCGACCCUGGUUGGGACGCAUUCCAGGGUUUCCUACGUGCAAUGCUUGUCGACGAGACGAUUAGAUCAGUCAGGCGGGCAGAUCCAGCAACUGAUGGACAUAUCUUUCCGGCUUCAAUUCUGAGUGUGGCUGAGGAUGGUGGUGGUCAACGUCGUGGUAGAGAGGAUUAUAGAGGUGAACCACGUUUCGCUGACUUCGUUGUGGAGCAUCAGGGAGAGCGGGAUGAUGCAGUCCUAGUGCAACAAGAACAACAACGCACCGACGAUCACAGUCCAGAGGUGCUCAUCAAGACCUCUCCGCCCAAAGCGUUACAACGCACCGACCAUCACAGUCCAGACGAGGCGCUCAUCAAGACCUCUGCGCCCGAAGCCCCUGUUUUACCGAAUUGCCUACGUCGACCGAUGCCGCCUCUGAAACUCGUGGUUUCUCUAGAUACUGGUGCCAGCUUCGGUCUUUUUUUCGAGUUCGUGGAGUCGUUGCAGAUCUUUCGUGCAGUGUUUCUAGGCAUUCCAGUCGCAGACCACGACUUGUUAUGGUCAGUUUUAUUUAGUCAUCUCUCUCAGCAUCUUGAACUUGGUACCCUUUCCCAAUAGAAUCAAUACGUGCUUAGAUCAGGAGAUCGAAAUGAUGUUCAUGACUCUCUUCUAAGUCUGGACGAUCCAGAAGAGUCCUGUAGACGAACGAAUCGUAAGAACGAGCUGCUAAGACGUCUCCGACGUGCAAUCAAGCACCCGGAAGAAUUAGACCGUCAGAUGGCCUGCAACUUCGCAGCACUAUGCGAUCCUGUGGGCUUGUUGGGGGAGGUCGUGCGGAGAGGGUGAAUGAAACAUGCAGAUGUUCAGUGGUGCAUGCGGAGAGGGUGAAUGAAACAUGCAGAUGUCCACUACGAUACUGUGCUUGUGCACUGUAAGGAGUAGGGUGGGGUCUUGCUCUUGAAUUAAUCUUAUGCCUAACUUAGGACACCGACACGUUUCGAACUACAUGCGUUUGCAGUCUGUCAUAUCAGUCCCUCCGGCCAGCAUAUUUGAAUUAACCUUAGCAAUGCUAUCCUCCUAUCCAUUUUUCACUGAUAGGAAUUCACCCCAAGUCUAUCAUAGGCUUUUGCAAUCGUAUUCCUAUCCUGCAUAUGCAAUCAACAUAUGAUGAAGAAUCAUUUCAACAAUUUACUCUAAAUGCAUUUAUUUGAUGGCAUUUUUCUGCUUGUCUGCCUGAAAUACAAAGACCCAUUCUACAUAUGACAUCAUCUGCAUCGCCGCAUUUUUUUAGACUCAACCUUGUAACGCAUAUACUUUUUCCUAAGACCA